AUGCUGUACGACAACUCUCGCUUGUUGGCGCUUUGCGUCAUAGUUCUUCUGACCUCUGGCUAUGUUUCGUUAGUGUUGCGCAUCUAUGUACGGCUCACAAAAAGCCCAUGGGGCUGGGACGACACCUGUGCGUGUCUUGGUGCGAUCCCCUUCGCAUGGCUCUGUGCCGAAACCCUCAUUGCCGCAAAUAACGGACUCGGUGCUCACGAAUGGCACAUCACACCCACGAUGCAGAAGGAGGCCUUCAAGGCUUUUGUCUUUUUCGAAGUCGCCUACUGCACGUCCAUCAUACUCAUCAAGUUAAGCAUCGCCCUCACCCUCACCCGAAUCGUCACCGACCAAACCGUCAUCCUAUGGAUCCUUCGAACCACAAUCGUCGUCUUUUCGUCCGUCACCCUCUCUGUGGCCAUCUACUGCCUGUGCCAAUGCCAGCCCAUCGCUAAGAUCUGGGACCCCACCAUCGAGGGCCAUUGCCACCCAUCCAACAUCAUCACAGCCCUCAGCAUGACCGUCACCGUCACCAGCAUCAUCAGCGACAUCAUCAUCUCCGUUCUGCCCAUCCCGCUGCUCUGGAACGUCAAGAUCAACCGAUACUCCAAACUCGCCGCCGGCUUCCUCCUCUCCCUCGGCCUGUUCGCAAGCAUCUGCUCCAUGGUCCGCCUCGCAUACACCCUCGCGCUGACCUCCACAGACGACUAUCUCUUCCACAUCUACGGCGUAACCGUCUGGUGCUACCAACUAACCAUCCCCAUCUCCAACCCAGUCGCCGAAGUCGGCGUCGCCCUGACCGUCGGCUCGCUCAGCACGCUGCGGCCCCUCUGCGCGUCCUGCCUCGGCAGCGGCCACCACCACCACUACCGCCGCAGCCGCAACCACAACGGCGACCCCGACAACUCCAACAGCCCGCACAACAGCGCACACAACCGCGACCCCCCACACUACCACCGCACCUGGUCCCGCAAAAGCUCGCGCCAGACCUUCGACCCCGCCGGCGGCUCCGCCGACUCGGCCGGCAAAGGCUCGUCCGUCUCGUACGAGCUCCGCAGCGGCAGCGGCAAGAAGAGCAAGAGCGGCGUGCUGCACCACCACCACCACGACGACGACGGCGGCGCUGCUGUGGGCGAGCCGGGAGACUUUUGUGGCGGCGGCGGCGGCGGCGGGGGAGAGGUGCGGAUGGCGGUGACGGCGCCGCUGCCGCCGCUGCGGGGGUCGUGGGGGCGGGAACCGGUGCGGGAGCGGGGGUCGGUGGUUGUGUUGUCGUCGGUGUUGCCGCCGCCGCCGCCGUCGUCGGCGGGGGGGAGGACGACGGCGGGGAGCGAGAGGAGUUUGAAUGGUGGGCGGGGGGAGGAGGGGGAAGAGGAGGAGGAUGAUGAUGAGAGUGGGAGGGGGAUAUUGGGGCUGGAGGAUGUGAGGGCGACGAUGGGGUAUGGGGUGAGUAGUAGUCGGAGGACGUCGAUGGUGUAG